CCGAUUCACAUUCCUCGGCCAAUCCGUUUUAUCGAUAUCAUCACGAUAAUCACACCGGCAGGGUUUCCGUCAUGGAGGUAGACGAGCCCACGUUGUCGUCUUUGCCAGUUCCAGACGAACUGCCCGCCUUUAUCACAAAUGUCCCAGGGGUACGCAAGCGGUCCCGUGGCUACUAUGCCCCUCCUCCUCCUUCGCCUGGUAUGAGCAGCUCUAGUGACCCUGCAUACUUUUCGAGCGACGAUGAUCCCGCUUUGGACAAUUACUUGCAAGGGCGGCGGAAGAGGAGAUACGUAGGCUCGUGGUUCGACCAAGUACCGGCAUCCUCCGACUCUGUCAUGGGUGACGAUGCAGAUCCCGGUCCAUCAUCAAAUCCUCGGCACAAGCGUCACUUGAAGCGACAACCCGACAGCGGCGUCUGGGUCGGCCAAGACGCCGCAACCGAUACCGAUGGUGAUAUCGAUCUGCCGCCACUUGCUGCACGACUUCCUCUCCCUCUCCCAGUCGUCAAGCGUAUACCGAGAUUAAGUUCAGAAGAGCAACGCGCACAAAAUGUUGUCUUGGCAUGUGUAGACGAUGGUCGAGAAGACGUCGACCUGAGCCAGAUGGGUUUGGCCUCGAUCGCCGACUCCGUUCUUGAACCUCUUGCGGGCCUGACCCCGAUCCCUGUCGUGGAAAAAGAUGUUCCAUUUGUACCCAGAGAUCCGAGCCUUAAACUAUUUUUGGGAAACAAUCAGCUGUCGAGGUUUCCUAGCGCUCUCCUCGACCUCCAGCACUUAACCGUACUCAGCCUUCGAAACAACAAGCUGGCCGAACUGCCGCCCGCCAUUGCAAAGCUGAAGAACCUGACAACCCUCAACAUCGCCAACAAUCGGUUACGCCAUUUACCAGGAGAGCUGAUAGACCUAAUGGAGAGUGCCAUUGGGUUUCACACUCUGAAUAUCCACCCUAAUUCUUUUUUCCAACCAAAAGACCGGCGAUACUUCUUGGCCGAUGACUUGAUGCAACACGAGUACGAAUAUCGCACAAGAGGGAGUGGGAUUCAUGGAUUCUUGGUAGACCGGGACCGGGGCGAAAACUUCACACUCUUCACUACGGCGCUACGAGCCCGCACACCGGUCCAAUUCUCCAACAGUGCCGGCCACGUUCUCAGCAAGUUCAUUUUCCCCGAGAAAACUCAGCGUCUCACGGAUAGUUCGAAGCAGCUUGAAACAGAAGACUUUGGGUCGUUGGUCAUACCGCAAACAGUUAAGCAACAUCUUGAAUCGUUGGGGGAUUCGAAGCGGUCUUUUCAACCCAAAGGCCCAUCAUCGCUCCUCGCAACAGCAAUGCGAGUUGCCGCACGGUCCAAGGACGCAGAGUCACUACCCAAUUUCCUAAGGAGCGACGGAUGCCCGUCACAUCUUGCUGAUCCGCUGGAGCGUGCCAUUGUCGUGGAUAAAAUGGGUGGCCAGCAUUGCACGGUUUGCAAGCGGGAGACACUCUGUCCGGUAACUGAGUGGAUCGAGUUUCGCGAGAUUCGGAGCACGACCGUUGAAAGAAUGACAAGUGCCGAGGGUACAACGGAAGCGCGCAUUCGACACAGGAAUAUCAGCGGGCGCGAAGACGAGGCAUGGGUGCCUUUCCUUCGAAGAGGAUGUUCUUGGGCUUGUACACCCAACGUUCUAGAUUCUUCGGAUGUAACACCUCAUACAAUGCUUUAAGGUGUCUAGUUGAAUUUCUGAACGAGCGGUCAAUGUUAUCGGUCAUUAGGGUUAGGUUCUUGAUUUAUUGUAUCUGUGGUUUGGGUCGGCAGUGCUAGGCGUAUGGCGAACUUUUACGAACUAACUCGGUUUAGGCAGUGGCUACCUAGCAACCAAGUUGUCUGUGGCUUGGGAUUAUUAAAUGUGCUGAUCUCGGACGGUGCAUAUUAGACUUUCAGGAGGGUGAAUUUAUUGCAGCGCGUCAGCAGCGAACU